GCACAGGAUACGCAGCACUGAGCACUAGCACUGAGCUGAUCACUCCUGGAGCUGAGAAUGUCUUGCACUGGCAAGAGCCUGUUCUUCAUUGUUUUGGCCUCCGUGGUGCUAGCUCACUUCUGCAGCCAGUCAGAAGCAGCAAGCAACUUUGACUGCUGCCUUCGGUACACAAAGCACAUUUACACUCCCAAAAUUUUUGUGAGAUUCACGGAACAGUUGGCGGAUGAAGCUUGUGACAUUAAUGCUAUCAUCCUUUACACAAAAAGGAAAAUAUCCGUGUGUGCUGAUCCGAACCAGGGCUGGGUGAAAAAGACUGUGCGCUACCUCAGCCUAAAAGCUAAGAACAAGAAGAAGGUGUAAAAAUGGAUGCAUUUCUGGGAUGAAAUUGGACACAGCCCAAGGACGAAAUGCUCACGGCUGGGGCUGGAGGCUUUCCCUGCACAUCAUUGCACAGACCUGAUUCGUGUCCCACUGGACAUGUCCAAUGGAUGAAGUUGAUUCAUAUUGCAUCAUACUGUGUCUUGUUUAAGCUCAUGUUAGAGUUAAGUGGUAUUUUAUGUUAUUUAUAGAUCUUGGUUUCUAUGUUUAGCUAUUUAAUGUUAAUUUACCCCAAGCUAAGGGAGGAUUUGGUGUAAGGUAUAAUAUUACGUCUAAGGAAAUAAAAUUAUAUGGACCCUUCAUGUAAGCAAUAACUUGUUGUAAAAAAUAUCUAAUUUUCUUCUGUGUAUUUAAUUGUCUCUUAAACUGAUGUGAUUAAGUUACAUAGCAGGAAAGAAUUUUAAAUGUAUUGAAAAUAAAA